GCGCGGGGGCGCUCGGACGUGUCGGCCGCGGAGCGCGAGCGGCCGGAGCCACCACAACAACAACAAGCCCGGGAAGGCGGCGGCGCGGCCGGUGCAGGGCGGCCGGUUCCCCCCCUUCCCCGCGCCUCCCAGCGCCGCCCCGCCGCAGCCCCGGGGAGGGGAGGGCAGGGCAGGGCGGGGGGGCGGAGGCCUGGCCCGCUCCGCCGCACCGGGGCCGGCUGAGGCGAGGGAAUCCUCCCCCCCCCCCCCCCCCCCCGCCCCGGCACCGCUUCUCACCACAGGCCGCGCCCGGAGAGCGGCCGCUCAGGUUUUCCCAUCUAACACUUCACUUGGAUCAUCUCUCGUUCAUCGGCUUGAAAAUCAGAACAGCCCCCAAACCCGACGGUUGAUCUGAAAGGAAAAUUAAACGAAAAAAGCUGUGACAAAUGGACAAUAUGUCUAUUACUAACACGCCAACAAGUAAUGACGCUUGUCUGAGCAUCGUUCACAGCUUGAUGUGCCAUCGCCAAGGUGGGGAGAGCGAAACGUUCGCCAAACGCGCCAUCGAGAGUUUAGUGAAGAAGCUGAAGGAGAAAAAAGAUGAGUUGGAUUCUUUGAUUACGGCCAUAACCACGAACGGAGCUCAUCCCAGCAAGUGCGUGACGAUCCAGAGAACGCUAGACGGGAGGCUUCAGGUGGCCGGUCGCAAGGGAUUCCCCCAUGUGAUUUACGCUCGUCUUUGGAGGUGGCCUGAUCUUCAUAAAAAUGAACUCAAGCAUGUUAAAUAUUGUCAGUACGCUUUUGACUUAAAAUGUGACAGUGUCUGUGUAAACCCUUACCAUUACGAGCGCGUAGUAUCGCCUGGCAUCGAUCUCUCAGGGCUGACACUACAGAGUUCUGCUCCGUCGAGCAUGUUGGUGAAAGACGAAUACGUUCACGACUACGAGGGGCAGCCGUCGUUGUCCUCGGCCGAAGGCCAUUCGGUCCAAACCAUCCAGCACCCGCCCAGCAACCGGGCGUCCACGGAGCCGUACAGCACCCCGGCCAUGCUGGCGCCCACCGAGGCCAGUACCACCAGCACCACCAACUUCCCCAACAUUCCCGUGGCUUCGACAAGUAUAUUGACAGGUAGCCAUAGUGAUGGACUCUUACAGCCGGGAGCUCAGCAGAAUGGCUUUACGGCUCAGCCAGCCACUUACCACCACAACAGUACUACGACUUGGACUGGAAGUCGGACGGCAGCGUAUACGCCGACCAUACCUCACCACCAGAACGGCCAUCUGCAGCAUCACCCGCCCAUGCACCCUGGACAUUAUUGGCCGGUUCACAAUGAACUUGCAUUCCAGCCUCCUAUAUCAAAUCAUCCUGCUCCAGAAUACUGGUGUUCAAUUGCCUACUUCGAAAUGGACGUGCAAGUCGGGGAGACGUUUAAAGUCCCUUCGAGCUGUCCCAUCGUCACCGUGGAUGGAUACGUGGAUCCGUCCGGAGGGGACCGUUUUUGCCUGGGCCAGCUCUCCAACGUGCAUCGAACAGAAGCCAUCGAGCGAGCAAGGUUGCACAUAGGGAAAGGGGUGCAGCUGGAGUGCAAAGGAGAAGGCGACGUGUGGGUGAGAUGCCUCAGCGACCACGCGGUUUUCGUGCAGAGUUACUACCUGGACAGAGAAGCCGGACGCGCGCCCGGGGACGCCGUUCACAAGAUUUACCCGAGCGCCUAUAUCAAGGUGUUUGAUUUACGCCAAUGCCACCGUCAGAUGCAGCAGCAGGCGGCCACCGCUCAGGCCGCCGCCGCCGCUCAAGCCGCCGCCGUCGCCGGAAACAUCCCCGGCCCCGGAUCAGUAGGUGGAAUAGCCCCGGCCAUUAGUUUGUCGGCCGCCGCCGGGAUCGGCGUCGACGACCUGCGCCGCUUGUGCAUCCUCAGGAUGAGCUUCGUCAAAGGUUGGGGCCCCGAUUACCCGAGGCAGAGCAUCAAAGAGACGCCGUGCUGGAUCGAAAUCCACUUGCACCGCGCGCUGCAGCUCCUGGACGAGGUUCUGCACACCAUGCCCAUCGCCGACCCGCAGCCUUUAGACUGAGCUCCCUCCCGCCGCGGGACGUCCUGAGGAUGGCGGAUUCCGGCGGAUUCUUUUCCUUCGCAAGAUGAGCGGCAGCAGCCAACAGCGGAUGGAAUUGGCGGCGGUUUAGACUCCAAUCGUUCUGAUUCGCCCGGUUAAACCACGUCCGGAGGGUCUCGCUUUCAACCUAUAAAAAGAGAACAGGAGCUGGAGCUUAAACGGAGACGCCGGCUUAAGCUUUGCAGAGCUGGACUGAGCCCACGGAAAGAAAAAGCCGGGAAACGCUGAUUCAGCAGCUUUUGGCCAAGUUUACGUGGCGACGUCUUGACGUUUGCAAAAAGAACGUUGAGUUAGCUCAAGGCCUCGACUUCAAAACCUUUUUCCUUUCUCUCCCAAUAAUCUAUUUCAUCCAAAACUUCUUGGGAAGUGGAGGAUUCUGAUCCUUGGAGAAGCUCCGUGAGGUUCCAUCCCCGACAGAAAACGGCGUUUGGUGGAAGAAACUAAAAGCCCGAGCGCACGUUCUUCUCCGUUUUGAACCACCUCCCGUACUUUUCCUGCUGGAUACGAGGCGUCUUGGCUUUUAGGAAGCAUCUUAACCCUCCGAGUGAUGGAUUUAUCACACCAAACUUCAUUUGAGGGGUUAUCCAUGAGCUUUACUCCCUAUUUCACUUUGCGAGGGGCUUAUCUUGCCCCGCUACGUUCAGAACGGGAGGAGGAAAUAACGGCAAUGGGGUCUUUCAGAACCAAGAAGCCAUAAUGGAUUGGAAAAGCCUUCAGCACCGGCACGUGAAACCUUUCAAAGUCUUGCGUUGAAAUAUAUAAGGUCAUAAAACUGCGGCUCAACCAUCCCCAGAAUCGCGUCUCUUCGCCUCAACAUCUCAAAAUGGGGUGAAUUCAACUGUCUUAAUUAUUGCGAUGAAAUAAUUACGCAAUCACAAAUCUCUGCGCUCGAGGACUUGGCCGGGAUUAGCGCCGGAAGGUUUAGGCGGCUUUAACCUUAAAACUUUAACGUUUCAAGUUGACGCUCUAGAGACGGAGGUGAAAAUUUGCUUGACAAAUCCUUAAUUCGAUCAGGAAAACCGCCUCAAUUUUGGUGUUUUUCCAUGAAAAUAAUUCCGACGGGACUCGGUUUUUUCCUCAGAACCCUUCAAAUGGUUUUUAUGUCUCGAUGGUCGCGACCGAGACGUCUUAAAUCUUGACGAGGAAGCGCUUUAGAGUUUAGACCUUUUAACUGCGUUGUGCAGUUGCUUCGUUAACCGGUUAAAGAUGCGUCUUCGAAGUGGGAUUUGGACUUUAAGACAUCCUUUCAUUCCCUACUUGAACAUCUCUAUAAAACAAGAUGCAUAUCAGGUAUCGUUACGGACGCUGUUUUUGAGAGAUGAAGAGAUUUACACGUUAAAUCAAUGAUCUCCACCCACUCCUGUUGAUCUCCAGUUUCCACCUUGAAAAAUUCAUUAGCGAGACCAAUCGGGAGGCGAAACGACGGCGGACAAAACCCCCGGAGGUUUCUUAGCGCUGCUGUUGUGCCUUGUGAGUAACAAAUCCCCCCUAAAUUCACACCAUUUAAGCCUUUCACCCCAAUCCCCUCCCGCUUUCGCUCUCCGCUACCUUUUCCCAUGGCUUUUUCGGCUGAUAUUCGGUAGCGAUUCGGUCCCCGUGACCCAAAAACCCGCCGCGUGAGGGGUUAUUUUUGCGUGAAGCUAUUCUUUCAGCCAUUGCCUUUUGAUAAGCGGUCAACAGAAUUCCCAGUAGUUCCUUUGUAGCUUCCCCGCACCCCCCGGUCUGUUUUUUCAUUAGCCCUAGUUUGUGGAUAAUAUACUGUAGUUAACUUUCCUGAAAUUCUGUACCAGAGUAUGUUUUUGAUUAAAAAAGGUCAAGAUUCA